CCUUGUUUCCAGCUUGCCGUGGUACCACCGGCGAAACGCUCAUAACGAAAUCCAUGACAUGCUGCCCGGUUCUUGUCUGAAACAUUCUGACUGCGAGGUUUGCACCUAGAUUGGUACUUUUGGCACUUCCGCACCUCUUUAUAGGACACGCAGCUCUGCAUACGUAUCCUGCAACUAACACGCCGUCAACUUUUCGGCGUUUCUCCGUGUGACAUUGAAUGCGCCGCCCUUUAAUCGCCCACCAUGGCGCAGAAAUCAAGCGACCCCGAUGACAAGCUAAAUCCUUCGUCAUCUUCGAAUAAUAAGGAAAUCUCAGAACCCGGAUCCACGCAACAAAAUAAGUGCACACCUCACACAUCCGCACCCUCCACAUCCACGCCUGCAUCCACAUCCACAUCCACACCUACCACCACCAACAACAACACCCAACCUUCAAAAUCCGCCAACCCUAAGAACUCGGGAGAAGAUGCAGCCAACUCCCAACCGAUGACAAAAUCAACCUCAUCGGGAUCGAACCCAUCUGCGAAGGAGGCCAUGACUGGCCCGUCUCCCUAUGGCACGCGCUCCCGCAAUCGCGGUCAGGCGCGGCCCAAUUACGCGGAGGACAAAGAUGUAGACGUCGACAUGUACGACUCCUACGUGGAGAAGAAGGACGACGAUUCGAAGAAGAACUCGCGACAUACCAGUGCAUCUGCGAAUGGCACCAGCGAUGCACCGCGAGCUACGAAUUCGACGUCACGCAAAGGUGCAGCCCCGGCCGAUGGCAAGGCUGCUAGUAAUGGCACCGCUCCGCACACAACAUCGAAGGAUUCACACACGCACUCGACGAACAACGCGACUUCGAACGCUGCGCCAGCUACUACGUCUUCUGGCCCGUCGAAGAAGCGAAAAGCACCUACGCAAUCGGCCUCGAGCAAUGCGCACAGUCACGCCAAUACUCCAGCGCCGACCGGCCCCAACGCGACAGCGACAAGACGCAGCGCUACGCAGGAAAAACCGGUAACAGCUGGCGCAGGGUACAACGUGACGAACAUGAUGUCAUUUGAACGCUACGGUGCGGUUCUGAAAGAUGGAAAAUUGGUGGCGGACGAUGGAACUACGCUGCAAGCAAAUGACCACGUAUAUCUCGUUUGCGAGCCGCCCGGAGAACCGUACUAUCUGGGGCGUAUCAUGGAGUUCCUCCACGUGCAGAACAACGCAACAAAGGCUGUUGAGGCGUUGCGGAUGAAUUGGUACUACCGGCCAAAAGACAUUGCGAAGAACAUGAAUGACACUCGGCUGGUGUUCGCCACAAUGCACUCAGACAUUAGUCCGAUAACCUCCUUGCGCGGCACGUGUCAGAUCCGCCACAAGGCCGAAAUCGAGGACAUGGAAGCUUACCGAAAAACACCCGACUGUUUCUGGUUUGAGAAGCUUUAUGAUCGCUACAUCCAGAAGUAUUACGAUGUAAUUCCGUGCUUCCAGAUUGUCAACGUUCCCGAGCGAGUCAAAAAGGUGUUGGAUGAGCGGUGGAAAUACAUUUUAGUGGAGCAGGGCCGGGCAAAGGAAUUCACUAGCGCCGUCAAAUCAUGCAAGAGGUGUAGUGGCUACUGCGCAAGCAAUGAUUCUGUCGACUGCGCUGUGUGUUCGCACACUUAUCAUAUGAACUGCGUCCGCCCACCUCUGCUAAAGAAACCAUCACGUGGUUUUGCUUGGGCUUGUGCUGCAUGCAGUCGUGCCCAGGAAAGGAAGCUGGAGGCCCGACACACCCCAAGCUUGUUAGACACACAUCCAGAAGCCGAGGAAGAGGAGAUCUGGGAGGAUGAGGAUGACGUUAUCGACACCAACCGUACUAGCCCUGCUGACGGCAUCGACGACUCCCACCAGCCCGCCACGGCAGAGCAGAUAUACCAUGCAAGCCUGUGGCCUUGGCGAUAUCUGGGUCAGCAUUGCAAGCCGGAAGAUGCACUUGACUACGACGAUCGCAUAUAUCCCCGGGCAGGUUCCCGCUUAGGACCGAAACACCAGGCAACUGUGCUCCCUUGGCCCGGUCGUCCAGUUCAGUUGGUGAAGCCCUUAGAGAUCAAGAAGACGGGUAAAAAAGACAGCAAACAAUCGAAAGAAGCACUUGCACUUCUUGAGGCUGAAAAGGCUGCUCGAGAAAAGCGGCCGAUAUGGGUUCAGGAUGAGCCUCCUGGAUAUGUAGCGCGCGGGGAGGACUACGACAACGACGACCCGAGGAACACGGCUCAAUUGCUUUGGAAGCCCUUGGGCGCACCAGGGGUACCUAUCAAAGAACCACAACUCGAUGACUAUAUGACAAGUGCGAAAACGAAACUGAUCCCGAUGUUCAAUCUUCCGAAGCUGUCAACAAAUCUCGAGGACGUCGCCAUCAAUACCUUGUUCAAGAAUGACUAUGAUCCAACCAAGUCUCUGAAGGCACUGAACAAGGUCGAGAAGUCCGUCUUCAAAGAGCCGGAGUUGACAGCUACCGAGCUCAAGAAAUUUGAAGAAGGCGUGACUAAGUUUGGGUCAGAACUCUUUCCUAUCACCAAGCAUGUGAAGACAAUCAAACAUUCAACAACUGUUCGGUUCUAUUACACAUGGAAGAAAACUGAUCGUGGAAAGCAAGUUUGGGGCAAUUUCUCCGGUAGGAAAGGCAAGAAGGAGGCCAAAAAGGCUGAAGCGACAGCAAAUAAGCUCCAGGACGAUGUUGCUGACGACCAGGACGACUCAGCCUUUGACACGGGAAAGGCUCAGAAGUUAAAGAGAGGUUUUGUAUGCAAGUUUUGCUCAACCAAAUCCUCGCGUCAAUGGCGACGAGCGCCCAACAGCGCAUCCGGUCUAGUAACCGAAGGGGGUGGCAGGCAUUCGAAUAAGGACAAGGGCGUUCAAUAUGUUGGAGCAUUGUGUAGGCGAUGUGCUGAGUUGUGGCGACGCUACGCUAUCCAGUGGGAAGACAUGGACGAUCUUGCUAAGAAGGUUGCUACAGCAGGGUCACGUUCGUGGAGACGAAGGGUCGACGAGGAAGUACUCAAGGAGAUCAGAGCUGCGGAAGAGAAGAUGAGCAUGACCGUCUAUAGCUCGCCUAAUGAGGUGGCCCCGACGACACAGGCUGCCGCGGCAACACCCGCUAUACAGCCUAGUACCAGCGAGGCACCCCCGCGAAAAAAGCUUAAGACCAUCGCUGAUAAAGAGGCGGAGGCCAACGGAGCUGAUUCCAGUGGCACGCAAGCAACGCAUCAACAUCAGCAGAAGAAAAAGGAAAAGGCAGUGGAGAAAGCAGCGCCACCGCCAGCACCGGAAUUACCAAAACCCCGCACGCUGCCUUGCGCUAUAUGCCACCAGAUGGCCCCCACGGGAGAUGCGGCUCACCUGUCUUGCAAGGAGUGUCGCCUUACUGUUCAUAGGAAGUGUUAUGGUGUCAUGGACAACCGUCUUCCUGGCAAAUGGACUUGCGAUAUGUGUCUCAAUGACAAAAAUCCUCAAGUCUCGAUCGAUUACAAAUGUGUCUUGUGUCCGGUGGAAUUUACGGAGCACGACUUCGUAGAACCACCGAAGAAUUCACACAAGAAGAAGACCGAGAAAGAAAAGGAGAAAGAACGGCUUGACCGUGAGCUCGCUCAGAAAGCCGCAGAGUAUUAUCGCAAGAAGCAGGAAGAGAUGAAUCGGCCGGUCAAUCCCAGGGAACCUCUGAAGAGAACGGCGGAUAACAAUUGGGUCCAUGUUACUUGCUCCGUAUGGAUGCCGGAGAUAAAGUUCGCCAAUGCCUUAGCCCUGGGCCCUUCUGAGGGUAUUCCAUCCAUCCCGCGCAGCAGAUAUGACGAAGUCUGCAAGGUGUGUAAGAAAAAAGGCGGUGCUUGUGUGACGUGUCAUCACUGCCGCACCCCUGUUCACGUGGAAUGCGCUCACCAGAAUGGAUAUUUGCUUGGCUUCGAGAUCACGCCGGUGAAAGGUUCCCGGCGAGACCAGCACAACAUUGUGACUAUUGGAGGGGAGACGGGGAUCAUGUCUGCCGCUGUCUGGUGCAAGGAGCACAUCCCUCAGAAAAGCCUAGUACAUCGGAUGCACGACCCUGUACCUCAGCCCGAUGGACAAAGCAAGGAUCCUGCUGUUAUGAACGCCCUGCAGCUUUACGUGCAUAACUAUAAGCAGGCAGAUCUUACUUUCACGGGCAACGUCCGUAAGGCGAAUCUCGCUAAUCUGGCCACAAAACCGCCCUCUGUCACAGCACAGACAAACCCGAAUCGAAGACAGUCAACCACAACUGUGUCUAGCUCAACACCGUUAGCCCAGAGAGCUUCUCCGAUUGAUCACGUUGACACAGCUUCUAGCAGCUCUCAAUCCGGUGAUAAAAUCUGUCUUACUUGCGGUAUCGACGUCAGUCCGAAGUGGUGGCCUAUAGACAAGGCCCAACAAAAGGUUCUGACAAAUGGACAUCACGGAUCUCUUAGCCGUGAAGCGAUGAAAUUCGUUGCUCAGAGGAGCGUCCAGUGUCACAAGUGUCACAGGGAGAACCGAAAAUUGACGCCGCAUGCUCCUCCAAAAGUGGAAGCGCCGUCUAUUGAACCCCCAAGGCCUGCGCCUUCAGUUGCUAACAGUUUAGUAAAUCACCCAUCGCAUGUAUCGAACCCUGUGAACAGAAUCGCCGACAUUGGGAAUUCAUGGGGACCUCGAGCUCCUCCAGCACAAACAACGACUCCUACGAUUGCAUCGGCGAUCUCUGCACCACCGUUACACCCACCGUCAGCGAGCAUCCCUCAACCGUUGCCGUUGACCGCUCCUCAUGCUGGAACGAGUCCAAUGGCAGCUCCAGUUGGCCAGCCCGUGCCGCCUCACCACUAUCCGCCCCCUGGCGCGCCUUACGGAGGAGAUUGGCACCGCAGUCCGACUCAGCAUGCCCCAGCUCUUCACCAGAUGAAUGGCAGUUCAGGCGGCCCUAGUCCGAUACACCACAACCACCUUCGCGAUCUCCGACCGCCGCCUAUAGCUCCAAUGUCUCAUCACCAGGGGCCGUCGAUCCAGCACGGGCUUGGACAACCCAUGCUCAACGGAAUUCCACCGUCACCACCUCGACGAGGUCCAGCUACGGUUCAGAAUGGCACUUCCUAUAAUAUGCCAUCUUACCACUCAGGACAUAAUUCAGUCCACGGUCUCACCAACGGUAGCCCACCACCACGAGCUUCAGAGCAUUCCUUCUCUCAAGGCUUACUUGGCUCACGUUCUUCGCCUUUCAUGAACGCGCAUGGAAGUCCACCGGUAUCUCGAGAUGGGAUUUCCAUGAGUCGCGAGCCAAGCCUAAACAGCAAUGCACCAUCUUCACGGCCAAACGACGGUCGACCUGCAAGCGGGGCGAGCGCCAAUGCAUCGCUGCGCAACCUUCUGUCGUAAAUAGUAGGGACUAGACGGACUGGGGGGGUUAUGUGGCUUAUGAUUCAUUCGCAUAGCAGUUUAAUUUUCCGAGUUCGGCGUUACUAGGGCUGGGGUUGUUGUAUAAGUAGGGGGCAUGGCAAUACCAAAGGCGUCGAUACGGUUAUAGAUGGCGGUUUGACCAAAAGGAGUCAGUCAAAUAGACAUGUACGAAGUCAAGACGUCUGGGGAGGAUACCAGGCAUAAUUGUGAAGAUCAUUCUUGCAAACUACAUAAUCAUUGUCCCUGU